AUGGGAGGCGAAACAGUUUAACACUGCCAUUUAGAUUGCAAUAUUCUUGACUAGACAGCACCCUUUUUAUCUCUUUGAUCUAACUUUGACCUGUUUCUUUUCCAGAACAGUAUUGGAUUUGCUCUUCUGUUAAGGUUCAAAGUUGAGUAAGGGAAAGGGGUAUUGCUUGGAACUUUGGCAAAUUUAAAGUGCUGUUUUCAAUACAGCCUUAAAAAAGACAUGCAAAUAUGACAUUCUUGGUUAACCCUUUACACUCUUACUGUAUCACCCUUGAAUUACUUAUUAAGGUUACAAGAAUAAGGAAAAUGAUCACCAACUAAAGAAGCUCUUGAUUGUUAUACAGAUUCUCCAUUAAAUGAUGUAUAGAGAACAGUUUGGAGAAUAUGCAUACUAACGUUUGGAUGUAAAGGGUUAAAGUACCAUUUCUUGUAUUUGUUUGUAAAAGGCUUUAAUCUUGAUUUUUCCUUCUUUGCAGCUUGAAUUUUGUGAAAAAGAGAAACAAGUACUUUCUGAAAGGAUUGCAGAACUUGAGGAACAGCUAACAGAAGAACAACGUCAUGAACUUGAAGUCAAGUUGGAAACGUCUGAAAAACACAUACCUCUUAUUUGUGUUGGUGACAACAGUGAAGAUGAUGACAUCAUAUUUAUUUUGCCUGAGGACUACUCUCCCAGAAAGAGGUUGAAAAUUGACCAUGAAAAGAAAGCUCAUAGGAUUGGUGACCAAGAUAACCAGGCUAAAAAAGACUUAGCCAUUACUUACUACAAACCUGGUACAAAUCUACCACAUGCCAGGGAAAACUGUUCAGCUCACAAGUUUGUUCAGAGCAAUGUAACUACAGCAACAGUAUCAUGUAAUGAGAACUAUUGUGAGCAGUGCUAUUGUUAUGUAUGUGAUGCUAAUGUGAAAGAGGUGAGUUAUUUUCUGCUUUAUACAUAGAAAUGUAAUUUGAACAAAGUCCUAGGGAAAUGCAUUGGUUAAGAGUAUGCCAACCUAUGUCCAAAUGUCUAACAAACAGAAAUUCUGAGCAGAUGAGUAUCGCUUCUAAAUGGCUUGUCUGUGGAACAACUGCAUUGUAAAAUUUCUCUCCCACCCACAGAUGGGUCUGGAACUUGAAAAGAUUUGAGAGUACAAAAUGCAGUGUUUAAAUGUUGUGGUCAGUUAUGGUAACAUCUGGGCAGAUAAAUGCUUUGUUUAUUGUAUUACAUAAAAAUUUUUUCCUUUGUUUUCUCACAAUGGUAGUGUAAUUCCUGGAAGAAUGGCACUAAUCCUCAUUGCAAUGCAUACUCUAAGAAUGCAUUUUGGGAAAAACUUCGAAAGAUGGCAAAGAGAAAAGUGGUAUGUUUAACUGAAGUGUUGUGCAACAUUGUGUGGUAAUAUUUUAUUUUUGGUUCAAUGUUGAUUAAUAUUUACACAUAUAACAGGUCACAAGAAUUAGAUGCUUGCAUUGCAUUAAAUCUUUUACCCAAAGAAUUAUUCUAAUUUAUUUUGUACCCAGGAAGGAAUUCUCAUACUACUAAAUUAAGCAACAAGAGCCUACUGUAGAAAGUAGCAACACCUUGAGCAACCAUCUUCUAAAGCUGAAAAGUAAUUUUUAAAAAAAGUUUUUGGUUGAAGUUUUUGUCUUAUUACUUAACAUACACUGUGCAUGUAGCAUACAUACAGUAUCCAAUUUGUUUCCACCAAUUGAAAAUUAAUUAUUAGUUUAAAGCUUGCACACAUAUUAUAAUUGAUUGUGUGUAGGGUUAAUUAUUAAUAUAAACUACCCACUGUCUAAUAUUAGAACUGUAUCAUUAUUUGCAGAGCUCUGUACAGGAUUCAUUGCUUAAGUGUUUGCCUGCUAAUGAGCAAUCAAAGUUAUUGCUAGAAGCAGGUAGGUAUUGUUGCUCAUACUUGUCUGUUAGAGCUUAAUGUUUAAUGUUAAUGUCUUUAUCCUCCUUUUUAUCCCCUCUCCUCUUUUGUCUUUCAUGUUCAUCAUGUCCUUUCCUUUCUUUUUUCUUUUUUCUGCUCUUUCUCUGCCAAUACAGCAGGUACAUGUACAUAAGUAUGCAUGUAAGUAAAUAUCCCCUUUCAAAUGUUCUUUUCUGUGUGAUUGUCUACUCUCCCUUUCAAUCCCUGUUUUCUUCCCCUAGAGUUUCCCUGAAGUCUUCAUCCUGCUUGUUUAUUUUAAAUUUCUUUAUAUCCUCUCUUUAUCUCACCUUAAAACAUACAUGCAUCUUUCUCCUUUUCCUUUCUGUUCCUUCCCAUUUGCUUUGUCUCCUCAACCCAUUUCUCUUUCCCUCUCUUUCUUCCUUUUUUCUCUCCUCUAUUUUUCUCCCCUCCCUUCAGCCACUUACAUCUGUGCACAAUUAUCCACCCUUACUUUCUUGGUUAUUCCUUUUCUGCUUAUUGUGUCUAGAUUAGUUGUCUUUUCCUUAAAGCUUUGCAAAUGUCAAAGGCUAUAGUGUACAUGCGGUAAAAUCUAGAUGAUAUUUAUUUUGUUUACAUCAUAGCGGAAAUGGUCACAGAACUCUUAGAGAACCUGAAAGACAAACUUUCAGACUCAUCAAGUGGCUAUAGUUCAAGGUCGUCCAGUCCCAGUUGUGAUUGUGAUUGUCAUUAUGACAGUUGUGGAAGUUAUGACAGCCAAGGGUGUGAGGGGUGUUAUGACUACCAUGAAGAAAGAUCGUGCAGUUUUGGUGGAUAUUGGUCUUUUGGUGGAAUGCAUCUCUCAAGGUACAGUUUACAGAUUUCUUAACCCUUUUAUUCCCAUAAGUGACCAAAACAGAAUUUCUCUUUACAAUAUCAAUACAAUAUCAAUCAGACAGGUGAUGAGAAUAAAGAAAAAUAUCAAUUUGGAGAUAGUUGAUUCAAUACUAAAUUCUCUAAACUAACAUUAUAUGAAUUGUAUGAUUGAAAGUAAGGAGAAUUGCAAAUUUGAUCAAGGAGUUAAAGGGUUAACGAGGCACUAAAGUUUGCCUCUUUUCAAACAAUUGGCUUGGUACACGUUGCUCGUCCAAAUGUCACUUGAGAGGCACCACAGGCUUAAAUGUCACCUUAAACCAAACCUUUCAAUUUUUUUUUAUCUGAAAUUCCUUUAGCUGUGCUUUAACUGUUAAGGUUAUUUUGUUCUUGUAUAGAAAUCAAAUCAAGAAAUAACUAACUUUAUCUCAUCCUGGAUUGUACAAUGCAAGAUCCAGUUAUAUCAUGACAAUAUGAAAUAAAUGAAUUUUAAGUUGUAACUUAUGAAGUAUUCAAGAACCUCUUCCUACAUGUACUUGGUAUAAUGUGAUUGGCAUUUUUUAGAGAUUUUAUGAAGCUAAGUAGGAUUGACAUGGAAUCCACAUAAGUUCACAUAACAGAGAUAUGAAUGGCAUGACGAUGUGUAUGUUACAGUUUUCAGUGAUUUGAUAUGAUGUGGGAUUGUGUGGUGAUCUUUUAACAAAGAAUGUCAAAAGAAAAUUAACCCUUUAACUCCCAAGAUCUGAUUGUUAAUUCUCCCCUCUAGCUGCUACACAUUUCUUUGUAAAUUGGUUACAAGAAUUUGGUGUUCUAUCAAGGUACUAUCUUGUAGCUGAUGAGUGUGAGUACUCUCACUACUGUUUGCUGGAUAAUGUAUGGAUAUUAUAGGGAGAAUUUACAUGUUAAUCACUUCUGGGAGUUAAAGGGUAAGUAAGAAUCAGGAAUAGAAUUGCAAUAGAUACAUAUAAUAUUAACAAAGUUACUAUUUUAAAUUUUUCAUUUGUGAUUGUAUUUGUGGUUUUUUUCUUGAAAGGUUUGACUUUAAUCUAAUUGACAACGUUGAGAGUACAGUGAAAAAAGCCAGAGACUUUCUUGAUGAUAACCAGCCUGGACCAGCAGCUAUUGUGCUUGAUGCUUUAACAGUUGUUCUUUUACCAGCAGACAGUGAGAGGUAUGUAUAAACCAAACUGUAUAGAUGUACACUGCUGUUUAUAGUGCGCAUGUCAAACCCUUUGUCUCCUAAGAGUGAUUAGUAUGUAACUUUUCCUCAGAGUAUCACUCCUGAAUCAAACAUUAUGGUCACGAGAAUAAAGGAAAUGAUUUCUAACUAAAGAAAUUAUUGAUUUUAAAACCAUUUCUGCUUGUCAGCACCUUAGGAAUAUGCACACUACUGUUAGAAUGUAAAGGUUUAACCCUUUAACUCUCAGAUCAAAUUUGUAAUUCUCCUUACUGCCAACCAUACAAUUCUUACAAUGUUAGUUCAGAGAAUUUAGUAUUGGAUCAACUUAUUAUCCCCAAAUUGACAUUUUUCUUUAUUUUCAUCACUUAUCUGGUUGAUAUUGUAUUGAUAUUGUAAGGAGAAAUUCUGUUUUGGUCACUCAUGGGAGUCAAAGGGUUAAGCUGGAUAACUUAGAAUUUGAACAAUUAGGGGAAUAUUUUUUUGUAUCUUCUCCAUGUCUGGGAAAAUUUGAACCCUCAUAAGUAAGCAUGGAAAGGUACUAUCACUACUAGAAAAUCUGUUUUCCCAGGGAAUCUGGCAUCAGUUUUCUUUAUUACUGAUAUAAUUAAAAAUAUCCCAUUUCACAUUGUCUGACUUUAUAAUUUGUAUCAGUUGAUGUAAAUGAAGUGUUUGUUGCUUUCCUCCAAAGGUUCCCAUCAAGCCAAGUUAUGACAGCGAUUAAAAGGUAUUCAGCUGCUUUGAAAGAUAACCAUUUUGGUAAUUUAAACAAUGAUAAUUCUUGUUUGCAGCAGUUUACUGAAGAAGUUUUUAAGUGCUUGAGGAUGUCUGGCAAUACUUGAAUGCCUUUAAUUUAUCAUUAUUUUUUACUCUGCAUUCUGCUCCGUUUUCUUAGGCUGCGGAAGGCUUGGAUUCAAGUGUUUAUGCAUCCUGACUUGCCUAAAAAUAUUGAAGAAAAAGUUAGGGAACGUUUAAAGAAUGCUGUUGAUGGGGCUCAAAUUUGCUCACCAGAGAGCAUAGGCCUUAAUGUGUGAGUCCAUAUUUUUGCAAGAGAGUAGCUUGUGAUCUAGUCAAUAUGAUAGAGACUUGUACAUGUACAUGUACUGGAAGACUUCUCUGUACUCCCCUACAAGUUACAUGUACUCUAAACUAAUGAUAAAUAUGUUACUCUUUUUUGUCCUUCUAAAUUGGCACUAAUUGCCUUUUUUAUGGAAGUACUUGUUUUUGGGCUCUAAAGGUGUGAUUAAUGCACGGUUGUAGGUAAGAGCCAGCAGCCAGUGAAAUACGCCGGCUUCUCUGCCAGGUUUUGCUGGCUACUUUCAUUGCUUCGAGAGCCUGUAUAGAGAUGAUGUUUAUCAGGUCUAAACUUUGGCUCAAUAAAAAUUUAAAUUUGCACUCCCUAUCUUUUCUGAAAACAUACAAAGACUUCUGACUCAGGGUUAGUUUAAAAACGUUCUGAUGGGGACUGUCUUUUUGACAAAUCUUGCUACAAUGGCAGGAAAGGAGGAAUGGUGUGACGUUUUGUCUGCCAUAUUGGAUUUCGAAACCCACAACCGUUUACCUUUAGAAAAAACUCCGGCUACUUAAAACCUUAAAGAAAACCCUGUUAAUGUGAAAAGUGCUAAUUACAGGCUGGAGUAGCAUUUCUAUCAAAGGAUCAUAAGGCUGUUGCAAUUUUAGAGUAAGGUCUAUGAUGCUAUAUGUAUAUACUCCAGGUGAUGUGUUAUUGAUCUCUUAAGUGUGGUUUAUUUUAGGAUUCUUGAAAUGAGGAAAUGGGAUGAUACUUUACUUCUUAAAUGUUUCGAUGGGAAAUUAAAGAAUGAUUUCAUAAGAGAAGAUGAGGAAGUGGUUGAAGCUCGACUAUCCUUCCUGGAAAAGAACCAAAGGUACAUUUUAAAUACAAAUUUUUUGUGUCUUUUGGGUAUUCUGUUCGUCUGUCUGUCUGUGUGGCUCUGUGUCUGUAUUCUGCAGUCUUUUCUCAUACAAAAAUUUGGAGCCCAACAGAGCUGAAUAGGCUAAUUUCUGGCUUGUAUCAGGCUUGAUUUCCCGUUCUGACUGUUUUCUUCUUGCCUGGCUCUUGUCAGGCUGAAUUACUACUUUUGUUAGCCUGAGUAUCAGCCUAGUGUAUGGUUCUUGUCAGGAUCGUUUCUCGUUCUGUAUGAUUAUUUUUUUGUAUCUGGCUCUUGCGAGGUUGAAUUCUCCUCAUUUUCCACACUAUGUCUGGUUCUUGUUAGGCUCUUUUCUGCUCUGUCUGGUUUGGCUCUUUUCUGGUUGAUGUAAGACUCAUGCCUGGUUCAAAUGUGAGGCUGUAUUCAGGCUCUUGUCCGGCCAGACAUUUUUGUUCUGGUUUUUCCUAUGUCUGUCUGUCAGUCAGCCCACUAGUCUACGAGGCUAUAAGCAGUCCAUUCUUUCUCACAAAGUUUAUUGCAUGAGUGAAAAAAAAAUUGAUGUUAAAGUGCUGCAUAGAAAUCUCUGCACUUCAAGUUAGCUCAUGUUGUAGAGUGCCAGACUGCAAUUGUAUCUGUGGGAGGUUGAUGGUGUAACCCUUGAAUUCCCAUGAGUGACCAAGACAGAAUUUCUCCCUACAUUAUUCUUACAAUAUCAAGCAGACAAGUGAUGAGAAUAGAGAAAAAUAUAAGUUAUGGGUUAUUAGCUGAUCCAAUAUCAAAUUCUCCAAACUAAUAUCAUAACAGUUGUAUAGCAGACAGUAAGGAGAAUUACUCAUGUGGUCUUGGGAGUGAAAGGGUGAAGUCCUCGACUGGACCAAUAGCAAGGGUCCUAAAAUAAUUGAGAAAAAUGUGCCGCUUUUGCUAUGGCAUCCCCAAAUGGUUAGACAUUCUAGUCUUCUUGGAGAAGGAGGAUAAACCAUGUAGAACUAAAAAUAAUCUAUUCUGAGAAUAGCUACAUUGUAAUUGUGAGAGUGGUAUAUACUUAUUCUCUCAAAUACCGGUUUUCCUUGAAGCGUUAUCAUACAUGUCGAGUUGUAAGACAUGAACUGAAAAUAAUCAAUUCUGAGAGUAGCUACAUUGUCAAUAUAAGAGUGGUGCUUGUUCUCUCAAAUACCCAGUUUUCUGAUGCACUAUCUUAUGUGUUAAGUUGUCAGACAUGAAAUGAAAAUAUUUAAUUCUGAGAAUACAUUAGCUACAUUGUAAUUCUAAGCAUGGUGCAUGUUCUCUCAUAUGCCAGGUUUUCUGAUGCGCUAUCUUACAUGUUGAGUUGUAAGACAUUGGAAAAGAACCACAGUGCUUCUUAUUAUGGCUUUGGAGGUGCUGUACCCUCCACUACUGAAAAGUGUGUGGCAAACAUUACCCACUACAAAAAGAAAUUUGUGCUUUUACUAGCAAAGGCAGGGAAAGUGGAACAAGCUCUUAAUGUGCUGAAUUUUCCAGUCUCAGGGGACAUUCCUGCCAGCAUUUUGUCCAACACAGGUUUUAAAGGUCAGUUUUAUUGUGAGAGUGCAUAUCUUCAUUGUAAUAAUCUACUAGAUAAUGUACUAGUAUUAUUAUAAUAUUUUAGCAAAUUGGCUACAAAAUAAUUUGACAAUGGGUCACCAUCAGAGAUGGUUACUCUGCAUGUAGAUGUGGCUAGUGAUCUGCCACUUAAAGCAGAAGGGAAAUUAUUGUUAAAUGCUGUAGUCCCAAUGUUGGUUAAAAAAACUCUUCAUAUUCCUAGAAUUCUGAGUACUGGUUCUUGCUACUUCAAGAAUUAUCUCAAGUUAGAGGAAACUGGUCUUAGACUUCUUUUUACAGUAACUAUACACAGAGUAGUUAGUAAACUAUGUAUACUAAUUACUUUCUGUGGGUAGACACUUUUACACAUAGAAGGUCAGUGUUAUCUCUUACUUUUAGAUACAAGAGGCACAACACCUCUAACACAAUGUACCCUUGCAAUAAUUGAUUUUGCAACAACUAAAAAGCUCUUAAUUGCCAUGGUAAAUGAAAACAGUUCUGUGGAGGCAGGGAAGAUUCCUUCACCAUCCAGCAUUCCAGAAGAGAAACUGAAAAAGGUGUUAGCAUUUAUAAUGACAGCAACACAAGUGAAUUCUAAUCUUCGCAAUGAACAGGCCUUUGAGUGGUUUAUUAACACAUUCUGCGAGUCAUCCAUUAUAAACAAGUGUUCUCCAGAAGAAAAUCAGGUCAGUGAUGGUAAUUUUUUUCAUUGUCCAGUGCAUUUUUGUAAUAAAUUUGAAAUUUUUAUAGGUCAUCCCAUAAUUUCAAGUGCAAUUUGGAAUAAAUAAAUAAGUAAAUCAAACAACAAGUUGUCAGUAAUGCUCAAAAGUAAGGUGACUGUCCCCAGAAACUCAAUUCUUGAAACUCCAUUCUUAAAAACUUUGAGGAUUGAAAUUCAAAUUGUGUUUUGAGAUGCUCUAAAUGAGUUGAAAGCAUCUCAGAACGAGGAAGCAAAUAAUCUUUCACACAGUUAAUUUUUCACAUGAGAGGAAAUUCCUUGUAGGUCACAAUUUUUUCAAGUACAUGCCAUUUCAUGUGGAAUUAUUAGUGUUAGAAAACUCAGGUAUGUAGUUUCACCUCUUCCUGGAUCUUCUCUCAAACAAUAAUUUUUCACACGAGAGGAAGUUCCUUGUAGGUUAAGUCAAGUAAAUUUUUCCAAGACUAACAAAAUUGCAAUUUGUGGUCUUUGAGAAAAUUUACAAUGCUUAUUUAUUCCAAAUUGUGCAAGAAAAAUCAUGUGAUUACAUAGCAAUAAUUUACAUGAAAAAAUACAAGAUAGCUUAUCAUAAUUAUGUGGAAGCAAAGCAUGCACAUCAAGUGCUAAAAUAAUUUAUUCAAACCCUUCAUGUGACAUUGUGCAUUUGGUCAAAACAACAGCGUAUGAUCAAAACAAUAAUAUGCAAGGAUAUUUUUACAUCUUUAAGGCACAAAAAAGUUUAAAGUCUGGCUAAACAGUUCAAGGAAUUUUUCAGUCUGGUUUGUUACUUCUUUUCACUGAAUUAACCCUCUCCUGCAUUGAAUUACCUGAAAACUGCAUUUGUCUUAACCAAUCAGAACUGAGUAACUUUUUCGUGUAUGUUAUUACAAGUACAAUGUACUAAAAUUUUCAUUUUUUUACAUAUAGAUGCUCACCAUUCUUGGUGGGUCAAAGUUUCCUCUCAAGUUAAUUGUAAAUUAACCUCUAUUAGUGACAGGUGUUUCAGUGGAAAAUGCCUACUAUUGGACAUUAUGGUUGUCUGCUUAAAAACCUGGGUCUAAUUGCUUCUAAUUACUAUCAUUAGUUAUUACAUAAUUUAUGAAACCAUAGCAGGAUGGAUGAUUUAUUCUUAAGAUAAAAUUUAAUAUUAAGCACUUCUAACAAAAUGAAUGAAGUUUACAGUAAUAUCAAUUUUGUUAUCUAGAGCCUUUCUGCAAAUUUCCAUGCAAUCUUUUUUGGUGACAUAAAGUAGCAUCCUACUGUAGACUUAUAUUUUUUGAAUUGGCCUGUUCAACAAGACAGCUUUUUAAUCUAGUGGGUUUUAGCUUGCCUAAGGAUUAUUUUGCAAACUGUCGCAUGAUUUCAGAAGAGAAAGAAAUAUAUUUGCUGUUCAAGGACUGAGAAAGUGGUGUUAUUCUUACUGUUACAGGAAGUAAUCAAAGCUGCUGGGGAGAUUGUAAACAAAGCUAAACAGGAGUUUCUGUCACACCUUGAGGUCAAACCCCCUGAAGGUGUCUCUUUAAAGGUACACUUACACAUAUACAUUUUCCUAGAUUCAAAAUAAAGAUUUAUGUGAUUUACAUGAACACCCUGAUUAAGGAACAAUAUAAUUGUUUAUAUUUACUAAUGGAAAACAAGGGAACAAAAAUUGCUCUAGUGGUCUGAGUGUACUUUAGGGAAUAAACUCAUGCACUGGGGGUUAACCCUUUAUGCCCUUACAUGUAUAUUAGUGUUUAUAUUCUCCAUACUGUUCUCUGUACAUUUCCAAAGAGGCUGGUAAGGAGAAUUUGUUUAACAAUCAAGAGCUGCUUUAGUUAGAGAUCAUCUCCUCUAUUCUCAUGACUUCCAUGUUUGAUGCAGGGUUGAUAUGGUAGGGAGAAAUUAGAUGCUUGUCACUCUCAGGGGCUAAAGUGCUAAGUUCAUAUAAUGAUUGUGACUUCAAUAAUGCCACAUGCAUCAUGUUUUGUAUUGUACAUGUUUUGACCUUGACAAAUCAAAUUGAAAGAUUAGGCUGUUCUAAAAGCAAUAAAACAACAGUUAAAAUUUUCUCACAGUAGUCAGAUGUAAUGAGGAUGAUGUUUACAGUGUAAAUCAUGGACUUAAAUUGCUAUUCCAUUCUUAGGUAUUUGUUGUGGAACUGUUUGCAUCUGUUGUUGCCAAUCUCUAUGUCAACAACAACUGCUAUCCAUACUUUCCAAUUAGUUACACCUUGGAGUUGUUCAAGAAAAAGGUAUUUUGGAUUCCUUUGUGAUAAUCUUGUCAGUACAAUGUACAGCAAUUGAGAGAAAACUCAGUGUACAGUACUUCAACUGCGUAAAUGAUAUGUUUAUCCUAAACUAGAUAGUUGAUUUAACUUUUGGUAUGUGCAAUGUACAGCGUACAUUCCACAUGACAUUGUUCAUAAUUACCUCUUAAUAACAGAAUUUGAGGUCUGAACUGUAAGUUAUGGUACAAGUUUUUCUGCUCAGCUUUAUGAUGUAAGCACAGAGGGGGAAUAUUUACAUUCUAGCAAACUUUGGGAAAUAUGGCUUGGGCAAUUGACUGGUCAUAGUGCAUGUCAAUUUUUGGGUGAUACAUGUAGACUGCUAAUAUAUAGAUUUAGCCAAGCCUAAAGGCGGAGCUCGCAUUUUUUUUCCGCAUUUUUUUUUCCACACGUCUCAAGGACACAACGCCUUGCCCUGGCCAGGACUAGAACCUGGGUCGUCCGACUCGGAGCCCAGUGCACUGACCACUGGACUACUGGACAAAGCCGUGGCGUUGGCGUGCCCGCGGUACAGCUGACCACACAUGUUAAAAGUAGCACCUUGUACGGUCAUACGGUCGUACGGUCGUACGGUUGUACGGUCGUACAGUCGUACAGUCGUACAGUCGUACAGUCGUACGGUCGUACAUCCAAAUUUUUUUGGCUUGAUGUGUUACUUCUAUUUUGUAUAAUUAUGGGGCUACGCUCUGCGAGCUCCGCUAUAAAUGGGUAUCAGCGGUUGAUCCAUACAUUUAGUUGAUCAAUGGUUUAUCAGUAAAGGUUCGGCAGUAGGCUGAGGCAAUAGUCAGCAAGCUUUACUAUGGAGAUAUCAGCUAUUAUAGCACUCAAUGAUCAUAUCAACUGAGGCACAUACAUGUAAGGCCUCCAUUGUGGUUUGCAUCAGACCAAUAAUCAAUUUAUUUUGCAGAUCUAGAUUCUCUAAAAUUAUUCUUUCAAUCAACAGGACUUGUUGUGGGCUUGUGUCUCAGUGGUGCUCUCACCAGUUCUCACCAACAAAAUCAAUGGUCAAAUACUGAAUUUUAUGCAAGCAAAUGUUAUCAAAACACUUGGAAGUCAGUGUAUUCCAUAUGAUGUCUACAAGAGGUCAGUAUACAGGUUUGCAAGGACAUGUAAAGAUGGAGUUAGCUUUAACAAUACAUUUCAAAACAUUUUAACUGAACACCCUUAACCUAGACCUGUGCAAGAACAUGUUCACUUGGUAAGCUCAGUGCAAUUGGUCUGGAGCUGUUCUGGAAGUUUGGAUUGUGUAGGAUGAUUAACAAACUGACAAUGAGUUAGUGUGGUCUUUACUUUUAUAGAUGAUUAUAUUUGUCAUCACAGUGGUCAAAAUGUUGUGUACUCACUGGGUGCAGCAAGUGAGUCUGCAGUAAAUUUUGACCACUGUUAUGAUGAAUGUUGUUGUUGACAAGACUACAGACCAUAGUAGCACCUUGUGCGGUUGUACGGUCGUACGGUCAUACGGUCGAACGGUCGAACGGUCGUACAUCCAAAUUUUUUCGGCUUGAUGGGUAACUACUAUUUUGUAUAAUUAUGGGGCUACGCUCUGCGAGCUCCGCUAUUAAGGGAGUUUGCCAAGUGUUGUCUGUUGUUUGAGAGAAGAUCCAGGAAGAGGUGAAACUACAUACCUGAGUUUUCUAACACUAAUAAUUCCACAUGAAAUGGCAUGUACUUGAAAAAAUUGUGACCUACAAGGAAUUUCCUCUCAUGUGAAAAAUUAACUGUGUGAAAGAUUAUUUGCUUCCUCGUUUUGAGAUGCUUUCAACUCAUUUUGAGCAUCUCAAAACACAAUUCGAAUGUCAAUCUUCAAAGUUUUUGAGAAUUAAGUUUCAAGAAUCGAGUUUCUAGGGACUGUCACCUUACUUUUGAGCAUUACUGACAACAUGUUGUUUGAAAACUUUCUCCAAUUUUAGUUAUAUUGCUCAUAAUUUGUUUUGUAGCUGGAUAAAAAAACAGGUCGACAUUGGGGGAAUUGAGAGGAAUUAUGAGAUCGCCUUGCUUAUGUUAAAAGAAGGUACACAUACUUUAAAUGAACAGCAAUGUUGUUUCAAAAGAUAUACUUGUCAUUUUGAAUUACUGUAGUGAGUAUGGUUAUGGUGAUGAUGAUGACAGUGACAAUUAACAUGAUGAUUAUGAUGUACAGUCUGUAAAACACGAAAAUUAGUUCAAAUUAUUUGCAAACUCCAGCCAUUUAAUUAUUUUGAAUUGGCUCUUUAAAAAUUUGCUGGUAUAAAGAAGUUAGGGAAGCAGUGUUCUUAGUUGUAUUGAAUUGAAGUUCAUGAUAUAUACAUGUAAACUGUACGAUUAGUGUGAAGCCUUAAGUGUCAAAAUGUUUCAACAGUGAUGGAUUAAGGUGUCUGACUGUAUAUAGUGUUAAUUGAAGAGAUAUUCCAGCCAUUGGUAAUUUGGAAAUAAUAUUACUAUUUAGCUUCAUCUGACAUACCAAUGUUAGGGAAUGGUGAUAUAUGUAUUUACCUAAAGAUGCAGUGAACUUUUACUAAUUGGCUGCCUUUACGUUACUAAAGUAACAUCAACCUUGAUGAUUUACCUGUUGUAAUAGGUCGUCUCUUAAAAAAAUGUCAAGAAGGCUCAUCAAUACGCAAGAAAGCUGUGUCGCUUGUCAAGACACUCAUUAAGACUGUUGAUGCCUUGCUGAGCAAGAAUGGUAGCUCUAAUGGGAAGGACAGACUGUGUGUAGUACUCAAGAAGAUCAAGAACGAUGUAAGUUGGUUGAAAGCAAAGUAAAAUAAUGUGAGUUUCAUUGUCUCCUUUAAAGACCUUAUUAAUAUUUUCCAUGACCUGUGAUUGGGAAGUAAGUUCCAAAAUAACGUGACAAAAGUUCAUGCAAUAAAGGCAUUUUCAUCAACUACUCCUUUGAAGACCUUAAUGAUAUUUUCCUGGACCUGUGAUUGGGAAGUUAGUUCCAAAAUAGCACGAAAGCAAAUCAUUCAAUAAAGGCAUUCUCAUUAACUACUCUAAGACCUGUGUCCAAGACUAGUAUGGACCUGUGUCCAAGACUAGUAUGGACAUGUGUCUAAGACUAGUAUGGACCUGUGUCUAAAACUGAUGUGGAUAGUUAUUACCUAAGCUACCCAAGCGUGCAAGAUAGGCCCAUCUUACCUUCUUGGUAUUGGCCGCUUUGAUCCCUCACAAGAAAAUAAGUGCAUGGAGCGUACUUACAAAGUUUGUAACUUUUGGGCAAUUUCGGCGAUGAAGUCGCGAAAAGCAGCACAAGACAGUGAAAAUGAUGAAAACAUAGACGACUCUUGAGGGUUUAUUGCGCUACAAGCGCAGGUGGCUCUCUUUUCUAGCUGGCUCUUGAAAUAAACAAGUCAAUAAACAAAUCCUUCAUUGACCAUGCAAGCUUGUUUGGUCAAGAUGGCUGGAUAUUAUCCUCGUUCAUUUUUGCAUUUUUAUGGACCUCAACUUCGUCUCGGUCCAUAAAAAGGCGAAAAGAGAACUCUGUCAAUAUUUAGCUAUCUUAGCCAAACAAGCUUGGUCUAUAACGCAUAGCAUUACGUAGCAAUUAGCCUUCUUUUUAAAUUUUUUUUUUUCAGUUUGCCAAGGAGAUUGUUAAAUGUGGAUUAGAUUCUCUAGAAGGAAAGUUGAUGGGGUUGAUUUUUAAAAAUGAUCCAAGCUUUGAGAAUUUUGAAGAUGUCAGGAAGGCUUGUGGGUAAGACUAUUUGUUUCAAAUAACUAUUGCUGUGUCUUAACUUUUUGGCAUCUGAUUAAUCAAUAAGGUCUUUUAAUAAAUGUUUAUUUGACCCUCAAGAGUGACCAGCAUCUAAUUUGUCCUUACAACAUUUCCUCCCUAAAUCAAACAGUUGGGUCGCAAGAAUAAAGAAAAUGAUCACCAGCUGAAGGAGCUCUUGAUCGUUAAACAAAUUCUCCUUGUCAGCACCUAAGGAAUUGUAUAGAGAACAGUGAGGAGAAUAGGAAUCUUAACCCUUUAACUCCCGUGAGUGACCAAGACAGAAUUUCUCCUUACUAUAUCUAUACAAUAUCAUGCAGAGAAGUGAUGAGAAUAAAGAAAAAUAUCAAUUAAGGGAUUACUAAUUGAUCUGUUCCAAAUUCUCCAAACUAACACAAUGAGAAUCAUUUGGUAGACGGUAAGGAGAAUUACUUAAGAGAUCUUGGGAGGUAAGGGGUUAAUGUAAGGGUAUAGAGGGUGAACUAAACUAAAUUAAAUAAUAAAAAACAUAUUGUACAAAACAUGACAUACCAUGUUACACAAAUAAAAUUUGACUUUAAAGAUGUUUUUUAUAAAAUGAUUCAAAUAGUACGCACGCUCUGAUUGGCCAUAAAACCAUUUUACAUGAGCGUAUGUAACCAAGGUUUUCGUUCCUCUUUUAUUAGUUAUUUUAUAAAAGAAGUGUAAAAUGGUUUCCGUGUUUACAUAGCCUGAUGUAAUCACUUGGGAGGUUGGGAGAACACUCGAUAAGCUGGAAACCACUCCGCUUCGCGUCGUUGUUUCCUACGCUUAUCUCGUGUUCUCCCAACCUCCCGUGUGUUUACAUCAGGCUAUGUAAACACGGAAACCAUUUUACAUUUCUUCAAUAUCACUGUAAACAGAGAGAAACGACCGGUGUGAAGGUUUAAAAAUUGCUAAUGUACGUAACUAUGGAAGUAUUAUUUCAGAGUUUUUGUUGAGUUCCAAUCGUUGAAUGCAAAUUGAUGGAAUGUACAUUUAAGAUUGACCCGUAUUGUCCUGUUUUCAGGGAUGAAAAGUGGCCUUCUAUAAAAUCAGAAAUGAUGGACUUUCUCAAGAAGCACCUCUCGUGAGUAUUACACAUGUAUAUAGCACUAUUCACAGUACAAGUCUGACCAUACAUUAAGCAAGCAAAGAAAUUAGCAAAAGAGCAAUUUAAGUUAACCAUGGAAAUGUUAAUACUGAAAUUUUGCAUUGUAAACUUGUAGCAACUAAUAGCUCCCCCUUUCCCCCAUCCUCCAAUCCAAUACUCCAAAAUAGUAGUUUUAUUUGUAUUCAUGUAGGCUGGGCACAUUUAGGUUGGUUACAUAUAGCAUAGCAAUACGAAAUAUACUUGUCUUUGAAUUUCUGUGUUUUUUUUUUCUGUGUGAAGAAAAUAUGUUUCAACCAAAGUAAUACUUGUUGUAUACGGUAUUUAUGAAACUGAUAGACACUUCAAAAGAAGCCCACAUCUCUCUCUCCCUUUUUAGAAGCAGGUCUCACGCUGCAUGUUGUGUCGAGGUGUUUGGUAGAUAUGGUAUGUACGAUGAAGUAAAACAAACCCUUGCUGCAGUUGGUUCCUCAAAUGUUUCCACUAUCUGUGAAAAGGUACUUGCAAUCGUUGUAAAUAAUGCCUUCUGUCUUAAAGUCUCUGUAGAUUAUUUAAAAAGUGGUUGAUCUAAUAAUGUUCGCAAGUGAAUAGCAAUGAAUCCUUUAGACAUGAUCAGUUAACUACUCUCAUGUUUCCUUUUAAACUACAUAUAUUCAUGAGUUGUUUUUGUGUCAAAUUCACGCUCUUUUACUGCUCCUCAAUCUCUUCACCUUUUUGCUGACUUGUGCGUCGAAAUUGUUAGAAAAUUGAAAAUUUAUUGACGCACUGUCCGGCCAACGGAUCAACCGACCAGUUGAAUAACUGACUGACUGACUUAUUGGCUGACUGACCGAUGGACCGACUCACAAAUUUACUAGCUGGCUGACUGAAGGACUUCUAAGCGAAGACUGGUUGAAUAACUGACCUACUGACCAGUUGACUGAAAUGUGAAUGAAUGAAGUACUGAAUGGAUAGCUACCACUGUAAUCUAUGCAUACGUCUUGAUUGGCUUAGUGAGCCUUGAUUAACUAAGAACAUGUUAGUGCAUGCAGUUAUGAUUGAAGGAAGUAACAACGGAAGGAGCAAAUGAAUGAAUAAAUGGCCGAGUGAAUAAAUGAAGGAAUGAAGGAGGGUAGUAAUAAAUGAUUAGAUGAAUCUAUUGUAACAAGUUGUUGAAUGAGUAAAGCGCUCUUAGCUGUUUUCACUUCUCUCCUUUUUCAGAUUAAAGUGACUUUACUAAAGUUAGAGAAACCUGACGAAGCGUGCCAGUUUGCAGAUGCAUGUUGUGAUUGGUUGAGUAAAACACUAUGCGAUGUUGCAUUCUGCAGCUGGCGAUAUAACUUUAACAAUGUAAGUGUCGAGCAAAACACUGACUUAAAUUUGCUUUUAGACUCACCAGAAACAAUAAAUUUGCGAUUUGACACUUUCUUUUAUUUUACUAAAGAAGUUUAAUUGUAGCAAUGUCGAAAACAGUUUUGGCCAAAUUUUCUUGGCUCACGCUACUCUGACUUGGCCUAACUACAGCAUUUUAUAUAAUAAGCUCAGUUAUGCACGCAUUCUGAUUGGUUCUCACUUAUGAUCUACUGGAGGACAGACGUAUAGAUGACGUUAUCAUUAAAACUUUUUCCCGUAUAUUUUAAUUCUUUAUUAUAUAAAACAAAUAGAUUCCAAGUUGCCGUGAGGACGUCAAAAUGUGGUAAGAACAUCAGUGACGUCAUCUGUGAUCUAUUACUGAACAGACGCACGGCAACUUGGAAUCUAUUUGUUAAGUUGUUUGUAUCAAAUUAAAUUUGAUACAAACAACUUAACAAUUUUUGAAAACUUGAAAAUUUUUUCGCUGCUGCAGUCAAUUUAAAGGCAACGAGUAGUACUGUUACAGAUACCUUUUGUUAUAUUUCCACCUCUUCUAAAUGAUGCAACCCUCAUCUCAUGUUUGCACUUUUUUUUAUCUCUUCAACGGAAAUUUUGUAGUUGCCUGAUUCGGUCGUAUCCUGUGUCAAAGCGAUUGCUGCUUUCAAACAACAGACUUCUAAUGACAUUCUGACAGCAGCGAUGCGUCAUACGUCUGAGGUGAGUUUCUGAGAGUAUUUUUGGCUUGAAAAAUAAACAAUACUGCGAAAGUUCUAAGUAUUAAGUAUUUUUCUCGAGUAUAGAAAAGUGAGCGCGAAUUAUUGCUUUUCGUGGCGGGAAAUUGUCGCGCGUGGUGCUCGGUGAUGCAAUUUUUGGCGGGAAAAACGUUUCACGUUAUGAAUGGCAAAGGGGUAUGUUCGUUUGGAAAAUAUUAGAUGCAGAGCGCAAUUUUGGCGGAAGAACGCGAAAGCAGAAAAAGUAAAAGAAAGGGGAAAAAAGAACAUGGUGUGUUUAGUUUAAUACAGGAUUUAUCCAAUAUUUUUCCUGCUCCUGUAUACUUUAGAACGAAACUGCCAUUAUCGUUUCUAAUUUUGUGUGUUCUUUCCGCAGUACUUUAGUCGAAAUACAGUCCAACACAAACAUCGUUGCUAUCUUGAACGUUGGCUCAGAGAAAUCAAGGUAUCAAUCUUGACCACUUCGUUGCUUUUUUUUUUAAGGCAAUUUUCUGUGAGUGAUGUUAUAAAUCUAGAUAAUGAUUUCAACGGUGCUAGAACAAAGAAACAGUUGAAGAAGCAAGCAAGCGAAGGAACCCUCAACAAAAAUAGUGAUGGAGAGAAACAACAGCAAAUAAGAAGAGAGACUAUGAACACAGUUACUAAGGGGGAGGGAUGAAGCUAAAGGAAAAGUGGUGAGAAGUACAGCUGGCUGCAGAAUCGGGAUUAGAUGAAGUUCGAAUUCUUAUCAGGGUCUCAGCUGUAAUUCUUUCAGAGCGCGUGGCAAAGUAUUAGCAUAAUUUGUAUUUUUUCCCUCAAAUUGGUUAUCAUAAUCUUAUGACUAUCGUCUACAGGGACUGUUUGGAAAAUGUGAGCUGACCGCGUGGAGCUGGGCCUUUCAUGAGCUUACAACGGGACCGCUGAAACGAAAGUCUGCAGUGAUUAAGUAUGUGUCUAGCAACGUUAGAAUUAAAGCAAUAGGGUUUGUAUACCAGAAACACCACUGAUUGUGCUGCGCUAAAUCAAAAUCCUUCUAACCCAGAGGACUUGAAUAAUUGAUGUAACAUUAGUAAACUAAUUGCAAAUUUUUCUUUCGUAGUUCAAGGACCUCUGUUCAGCUCUUUACUUUGUUAAGAGAGCAAGGCAAUUUUUUUGCAUCGUAUAUAGGUGGUUUCAUAAACAAAUAUUAUUAUUUAUCCUGUUUUAAAUAAUCACAUUUAAGGGGGCCAUCGCUUUAAGCAGUUAUUCUACUGUAAAUUUCUUGUCGUAUUUUUUUAAAAUUGGUCAUGCACUCCGUUUCAAUUUUUAUCGUAUCCAUCCUUGUUCCUAUUGGCUGAUUCCUGCCCCUUUGAUGUUUUUCGUCCCUUGCAAACCAUUUCUUAAGGGUUUCUUCCCAAUUUACGAAAAUUGUUUCAACAACUUCCCCACCCCUCCUCCCUUUUUUCGUCGACGUAAAAACUCCCCAAAGACUGGCACGCACCUUCCCACGGCGUCAAAAAGGAAUGUGUUUUCGAGUCAAUGCCAAUAUAAUCUGAGCCACUGCGCACCUACUCCUCCCCUAACCCAAAUAAAGGCAGGAAACUAAUGAAAAUUUAAGGUUAACGUUUGGUUAGGAGAGGAGUAGGCGGGUAGUAGCUCAGAUAAUGACACUGAUCUGCAAUUUCAAUAUUUUGAGACUCAUUUCAUUCGUUCUUUACAUUACAGGCACUUGAUGAACAGUACCUCUUUGCAGUCGGGAACCCUCACUUAUAGUCAAUUGCGUUUAAUGCAAACUAAAGCUAAGGUAAACACUGCAUCUAAAGACAAAAAUACACCUGCACAUGCGCAAGGAAAAGUUCAGAAAAGGUCAGGUUGUGAAACCCAGGCACCUGCUACGUCAACCGUACAAAAGAACGUGUCAGGAGGUUCCUUUGUGCCUUUAACCAGCGGAAAACAGGCUCAAGGGAGUGCGCAAGAGAGAGCUAUGAAUGCACCAGGAUGUGGAACCCAGGGCCUUUUGGCUGCUACAGCCUCAUCGCAGUUUGUCAAUUCAGCUCAGGGCAAUGCUCUAUCUGCCAAAAAGGGUACUGUUGGUGUCCCUGCGGUCGCAAUUGCGAACGAAAAUGUCGCGUCCCUGCCCGGAUCAAAAGCAUCCAUGUUCGUGGCAAUCGCUCCAAUGUCAUCAGCCUCUCCAUGAGUCAGUACCCCUUCAACAAUCCAAACUGUCUCAGGUCCUUCCUCUGGUAAGAAGCUUGGUAACCGUGCCACCUCCUGGACCAAAUAAUUCUUCAGCGGUGAUUUUCACCGCGUAGUGAUUCGUGGCUGACUGCAUUUCGUCUACAGAAUUUGAUCGUGAGACUGAAUGAACUGAGGUUUGGUAAAUCUAAAAAUAUUCUUGAAAAUACCGCAGAAUAUUACUCAUGAUUUCUCAGUUUUCCAACGAUAGACAACAGAUAAAUCAAAUUUGUUAUGUUACACGUUUUUCGGUUGAAGUUGUAGAGCUCAAGUUGCCAAAUGAAAAAUCAGAUUCAAUAAGUGAUGUUUGUCUAAGGUUUACCAUUGGAAAAUAAUUUCACGGGAAUAAUUUUAUUGAAUUCGGGUAAAAUUGUCCAUGUAAAUACUUUCACCAAGUUUUCGUCAAAUUGAAGUUAAAAAGAGUAAGUAUUUUCCCUUCUCACGGGAUAAGGAAGCAAUAAUUUUAUAUUUUGCAAGGCAAGGGUCAUUAGAGAAGUUUGAGGGUUGGUUUGAUUUAACCCUUUAACUCCCAGUUCAAAUUUGUCAUUCUCUUUACUGUCAACCAUACAAUUCUUGUAAUGUUAGUUAAGAGAAUUUAGUAUUGGAUCAACUAAUUAUCUCCAAAUUGAUAUUUUUCUUUAUUCUCGUCACUUAUCUGGUUGAUAUUGUAUCGAUACUGUAAGGAGAAAUUCUUUUUUGGUCACUCUUGGGAGUUAAAGGGUUAAGUAGAAAAGGGAUACAGGGGAAGAUUGGGCGAAAGAAAGUCUGAGGAGUGGGUAGCUAAAAAUGAUAAUAAUGCACACUGCUCUGGCCUCCUUCAACUCUUCCCGAUUUCCUUCAGCUUGGAAAUUCCCAUCCACUUCUCACAAUUUAAUGACCCAAGUUCAUGUACAGAAAAGUAUCUGAAUUUUUUUUGUUCUGGCCAUGUCGUUAAAGUUGAAAUAAAUCGUUUGCCUGUUUGGUUUUGUAAAAUUGUGGUCUCCGAAGAUACAGUCAGUCAAUGGCUGACCCUUUACACCCUAAAGCUAACAUUAAUAGCAAGUUCUCCAUACCGAUCUUAAUACAUUUUCUAUGUGACUUACAAGGAGAAUUUGUUCCACAAUCAAAAGUUUCUUGAGUUCGCA